AUGCACGGCUUCACCAUGCGAUCGAACGUAUCGGUUUCGGGCGCGAAGCUCGCGGCGCCGUCGAAGCGCGUCGUCGCGCAACGCGCGGUGGCGCAGCCCACGCGCGCGGCGGCGAUCGACGCCGUCACCUUCGAUGGCGCCAAGCAAGCGGGCGGCGCGACGCUCGAGCUCAAGACCGCGCGCGCGGAGGUCGCGAAGGGAUUGGUGCAUAAAUAUGUCGUCAUGGUCAGACAGAACGCGCGAAGGGGCACGGCGAGCACGCUGACGAAGAGCGAAGUUCGUGGGGGUGGCCGAAAGCCGUUCAAGCAAAAGGGUACGGGUAACGCGCGCGCGGGUUCUAACCGCACGCCGCUCAAGCCGGGCGGAGGCGUGUCGUUCGGCCCGAAGCCGCGUGACUGGUCGAUUAAGAUGAACAAGAAGGAGCGCCGCCUGGCGAUGGCGACUGCGUUGCAAUCGGCGGCGAGUGCCAUGAUUGUUGUCGAUGAUAUCUCCGGCAACGUCUCCGCUCCGGGUACGAAUGCGUUCAACAAGUCGUUGAUGGCGUGGGGCGUCGGUGCGGAUGAGAAGGCGUACGUCAUCACCAAGGAUGCGAACGAAUCCGUCGCGAAGAGCGCUCGCAACAUCGCGCGCGUAGUGCAAACGGAUGUUACGCACUUGAACGUGUACGACGUCCUCAACGCGGACAAGGUCAUCGUCGAGAAGUCCGCGCUCGCCCAAAUCCAAGCCUUUUACGGUGCGGAGGGUGAAGCGUGGGCGUAA